UUUUCGCGGCGGGGACGGACAAUGACACGGUCACCUGGAGGUGCUCUGGAUUCGGAGUCUCGUCUUGAACCGCUGCGACUUUGACACAGGAGCCGCUCAGACGGAGUCUCCAGGAGUUUUCCAGGAGUUUUCUAGGAGAGAGGAGUUUCAGAAUCAAACUCAAACCAAAUCAGGGACCGGUCAGAGACUGAGCUUCGACCAACUAACGAGGGAUAAGAAAAAGCAACAGCUCCACCAUGGAGGAGGACCAGUGCUACUACAACGAGACCAUCGCCUUCUUCUACAACCGCAGUGGCAAGUACCUUGCCACAGACUGGAACACGGUCAGUCGGCUGGUGAUGGGCCUGGGAAUCACCGUGUGCAUCUUCAUCAUGCUCGCCAACCUCCUGGUGAUGAUCGCCAUCUACGUGAACAGGAGAUUCCACUUCCCCAUCUACUACCUGAUGGCCAACCUGGCGGCCGCCGACUUCUUUGCUGGACUGGCCUACUUCUACUUGAUGUUCAACACGGGGCCAAACACGCGGCGUCUCACCGUUUCCACGUGGCUGCUGCGUCAGGGUUUGAUCGACACCAGCUUGACGGCGUCAGUGGCCAAUCUCUUAGCCAUCGCCAUCGAGCGCCAUAUCACCGUGUUCCGUAUGCAGCUGCACACACGCAUGAGCAACCGGCGUGUGGUGGUGGUGAUUGUCAUCAUCUGGACCAUGUCCAUAGUCAUGGGCGCCAUCCCCAGUGUGGGCUGGAACUGUAUCUGCAGUCUAAGGUCGUGUUCCAACAUGGCUCCACUCUACAGCAACUCCUACCUGGUGUUCUGGGCGGUCUUCAACCUGGUGACGUUCGUGGUCAUGGUCACACUCUACGCACACAUCUUCAUGUACGUGCGACAGAGGACCAUGAGGAUGUCACGGCACAGCUCUGGGAGCCGGCGGAAUCGGGAUACGAUGAUGUCGCUGCUAAAAACCGUAGCCAUCGUCCUAGGUGCCUUCAUCGUCUGCUGGACGCCCGGCCUCGUCAUCCUCCUCCUCGAUGUUUUCUGUGCCAGCUGUAACGUCCUCACCUACGAGAAAUUCUUCCUUCUUCUCGCCGAAUUCAACUCAGCCAUGAACCCCAUCAUCUACUCCUACAGGGACAAGGAGAUGAGCGCCACCUUCAGGCAGAUCCUGUGCUGCCAGCGACAGGAGAACGUGAACGGGACGGUGGCAGAAGGAUCGGACCGCUCGGCGUCGUCCAUUAACCACACGGUGCUGAGCGGCAGUGGAACGCAUCACCACCACCACAACAACGAACACUCGGUGGUAUGAGGGCG